AUGCCGAGCGACGUCGCGCUCGACGCGGACGACGACGCGCUCGCCGCGCUCGACGUGAACGCGGCGAUCCGCGCCGCGCGCGACGCCGACGACGACGCGCGACGACGCGCGACGGCGACGGCGACGACGACGACGACGACGGACGCGCGGUGCGUCGCGCCGACGCGCGCGCGCGCGCGACCGCACGUGUGGAUCGACGUCGUCGGCGACGAGGGGGCGAUCGUGUCGUGCUCGCGCGAACGGCUGCGACACGGCUUCGCGGGGACGCUGGCGGAGGCGGCGGGCGCGGGGAUCGGAGACGUCGCGCCGACGACGCCGACGAGCGACGACGCGGGGGCGGCGUGGAGGGUGAAAAUGACGGCGCUGAAGCGCGUGUACGACGGGCUGUGCGCGAUGGACGCGUUCGAGCGAGGGUAUAGGCAGGGAACGCGGCGAACGGCGCCGAUCGGAACGCCGCCGCCGCAGACGGUGGAGUAUUUGAGUCGUGGACCGGGGUAUCGCGGACGCGAUCGGGGUGGGGAUGAGAUCGAUGAGGAGAACGAUGUGGACGCGGUGUACGAAAAAAUCGCGCCGAGGAUUCGCGAGGCGCUGUAUUCGUUUCAAGAGGAGGGCGUGCGGUUCGCGUUGCGCCGGCGAGGCAGGGCGCUCAUCGCGGAUCAAAUGGGCGUGGGGAAGACGCUUCAGGCGAUCGCGAUCGCGGACGCGUACAGGGACGCUGGACCGUUACUGUGCGUCGUUCCGGCGGCGAUGCGAUUCGUGUGGGCGGACGAACUCGAGCGGUGGUUGACGGAUAUGACGCCGCGACAGUUGAGCGUCAUCUUCGGCAGUUCGGACAAGUUUAUGCUCGACAAGCUCGCGGCGGAGAGCAAGACGGCGAAGACGUGGACGGGAGGGCGACGGGUCGUCGUCACGUCGUAUCACAUGCUCGCGCCGCUCUUAGAAGAAUUCUUAGCCGUAAAGUGGGGAUGCGUGAUCGCGGACGAGAGCCACACGAUGCACGUGAGCAAAAAGUACGGCGGCGACGAGACGAAGCUCACGGACGCGGCGUGGCGAUUGAUUAAGCGCGCCAAGUACGCCGUGCUCACCACCGGGACGCCGUCCCUCACGAAACCCUUUGACAUGUUUUACCAAAUCGACGCGCUGCGGCCGGGGAUAUUGGGCAAAAAGUGGGACUUCGCCGAGCACUACUGCGACAUUCAAUUCGAUCAAAAAGGACGAUCGGACGUCUCAGGCGGUUCGCGUUUACUCGAGCUCCGCACGUUGCUCACGCACACGACGAUGGUCCGUCGAUUGAAACGCGACGUCAUGCGCGACUUGCCGCCGAAACGUCGGCAAGUGGUGCCGAUCGACAUCACGCAAUCGAUCGCCCGCGUGGGCGGGCCGAAAAUUUGGUCGAAAAUCGCAAAGGUGGCGCGCGCGCCGCGAGACGACUUGCGCUACGACGACGGCGAGGACGACGAUGCGGGGAAUAUUUUAGAAGAGGACGACGAACAGGACGACAUAGAGUACGUACUGAAUCAGAAAAUAGGCGAGCUCGAGCGGGGCAAGCGCGUGAGUGUGUCGCAAAUCGUCGGCAUGCUCAAAGUCGAGCCGAUCGUCGAGUGGUUGGAGAGCGGCGUGCUCAAGGAUGACUCGAUGCAAUUCGUCAUCUUCGCCCAUCAUCAAGCCGUUCUCGACGCGCUCGAGCGCGAAGUUUGCGUCAGAAUCCAAAACCAGAAUCGUGGCUCAUACGUUCGCAUCGACGGUUCGACACCUUCGGACGAGCGCAAGGUGUUGGUGGACAAGUUUCGCGAAGGCGCGCAGACGCGCGAAGACGGCGUCGUCGGCGUACGCGUCGCGUUGCUCUCCGUUAAAGCAGCUGGGACCGGAUUAGAUUUCUCCACCGCAUCGUGUGUGAUUUUUGCCGAAUUGCCGGACGACGCGUCUUUGCUGGAACAAGCCGAGGAUCGCGCGCAUAGGCGAGGGAACGACAGCGGCGUCAACGUUUACUUUCUUUGCGCGCGAGGCGGCGCGUGCGCGCACGACGAAGACAGAUGGGCGCGUCUAGAAAGUCAAUUGGAUCUGUGCAGAGAAGCUUUGGACGGGGAUGGAGAACGCGUGGGUUUGAACGUCGAGGCGUACGGGACGCAAAUAGAACUCGAGGCGACGAGAAAGAGUGCGUUUUCCGUCGCCACGACGUCCAAAUCCGUCGCGACGGAGGUCGUCGCGGAUGCGCUCGAAUCCGCGCCCGAAAUGAAGACGGAGGAAUGUCCGAUGUGGUUUGAAGUCAGCGCUACGAGUGGACGACUGCAUUUGCACGGGAAAGCGGAUGGGAGCGCUCCGCUCGGUGCGAGCGUGAGUCGGUCUCAGCUCACACGCGCUCGCUUGUCGGCCAAGUACGCGAAGGAGCUUCCCGAGCCGCUCGCGAGCGAUCCCAUCGCCUUUGCCGCCGCCGUGGAUUUCUCCAAUACCUGGAACGCGAUGACUGCGCGUGAUCGUAACUCGAUACUCGCCAGGCAACAGCCAGCGCGCGCGCACGAACUCAACGAGCUCGCCGAGGCGCUCAACUCCAAAACCGCCGCCGCCACGUCCGCCACCGGAUCCACGACUCGACAUGGGCGAUUAGUGCCGUUACCGAAGGAGGCCGAUUGGCGCACGAUUGUCGUAACCGACAUCGCGAAGGCGGGUAGGAAGUACGAGAUGCGCGUGCCAUGUCGAUUCGCCGAGGGAACGUCCCGGCGUACGUUGCUGUGCUUGCACUGCGUGAGCGACAUAGAUCGAAUCACGACGGAUGUCGCGAGACGCGUUGACUUGUUUUGCGGCGAAGAGUGCAUGCGCGUGUACGAUCAAGGUUCGCGCGCAUCGGCGCUUCGUCGCGCGCUCUUCGCCCUCGAGCGAGGCGUGUGCGUCGAGUGUAAACUCGAUUGCGAUGCGCUCGUGAAGAAGGUACGCGUGCACAGAAAGCGAAGCAAACGCGUGGCUGAAAUCUUGCGAUUCGCGCCCGCGUUCGGCGAGCGAGGAAGCAAGAGUUAUCUCAACAGACUCGCCGAGAAGCCCUCCGGCGGACGCGCGUGGGAGUGCGAUCACAAAAUCGCCGUCUUCGAGGGCGGCGGCACGUGCGCCGUGGAAAACGCGCAGACGCUCUGCGUGAUUUGCCACGCCAAGAAAACCAAGGCGCAAGCCAAGCAACGCGCGGCCAAACGCAAGCGCGUCGCCGACGCCGCAUCUAUCCGACGCUUCCUUCCCUCCGUCACCGCCCUGCCCGAUUCUUCCGACAGCGAUUGCGUCGUCGAAGACGCCGGCGACCUUCUCCCGACGACGACCUCGCGCGUCGUCGCUCGAUCCCAUCCCUUCGUCAUCAUCGCCUCGUCCGACGACGACGUCGACGUCGACGUCGACGUCGACGAUUCAAAUCUCAACCCUUGCUUCGCGCAUCCUUCGCGCGCGACGCCGUCGCGGUCUUUGUAA